AUGGCAAGACCAAACGAUUUGUUUAAAAUUCAGCAGCAAAUCAAGGAGAACUCAAUGGGUAUCCAGGAUUAUAUGCAAGAAUUAAACUCUUGGACUUCUGAAAUCAAGGUAAAAGAAAAGAAAAUAGUCACAGGCAGCUCAUAAACAGCAGUCAAAGAUACUAAAAAUAAAGCAAAAUCAAAUUUACCGCCAAUCAGAAAUAGAGUUGAUAUAAGUGACGCUGUUAAAGAGGGGAAAAUAUAGUAGAACAAUAAAAAAGAUAUAUUUACUGAAAAUGAGGCUAAGGCAAAUACCAAGAAUGAAAAUAAUGAAGAGAAAAAGAAGCUCAAGAGAGAUGUGACUCCAAUGCCAGAUUACUACAAGAAUUGGGACAAAUUCAAUGUGGAUGAUGCCUUAAAUUCUGAUAAUGAGGAAGAUGUUGAAAAGGAUAAAAAGUAAUAGCUUGAGGAUUACCUAAAAAAGCAGCAAUAACCUAAAACAUAAGAAGAGAUGCUAAAAUUGACAUCAGGAGCUCGACCAAAUACUAAGAUGGUGGUUAGAGGAGGCACUGUAAAACAUGUAGCAGAAGCUGAAAUUCUAAAGCAGUAGGGUAACUCUUACUUUGUGUCACUGGACUUCGCUAAUGCUAUUGACUGUUAUUCAAGAUGUUUAAAUAAAAUCCCUGAGAAUGACAAUGAAAUGAAAAAAAUCGUCCUCUCAAACAGAGCCUAAAGCUACUUAAAGAUGAAUAAGCACAAGGAGGCAGAGUUUGAUGCUAAUGAAGCUUUAAAAAUAGAUCCUUAGCAUCUAAAGAGCUUAUAGAGAAGAGGAACAGCUAGAUACUAUAUAGGGAAACUGAGAGAUUCUCAAAGAGAUCUAAUGAAAUCACUUCAAUUAGAAUCUAAUUCAAUUGUUGCUGGAUAUCUCAAAAAAGUCAAUGAAAAGCUAGAGAAGAUAAAAUUUGAGGCCUAUGAGAAAAUGAAGCGUAAGUGUAUCUUCAUGAACAUGGAAGAAGAGUAAUAGGAAGGUAGGCUAAUUAAAGUUAAUGUUGUUGAGAUUAAUAAGGAUGAACAAUCGUAAACUGAUAAAGCUCCAGCAGCUGCAGCUUCUUAAUAAACUUUAUAAAAUGGCAAUGACGAAGCAAAUAAUGAAAGCAAUUAAUCUCUUUAGAAUAAAAGUAAUACGAAAGUUUAGACUGAAGAUGCAAAGAAAAAAAAGAAAAACAAAAGAAAGAAGAAGUCAGUUGCUGAUUUUAUGGAGAAUGAAGAAGAAUCCAAGGCAUACGAAGAAGAAUUAAGUCAAUUACUACCAGUUGAAACAAAAAAAGGGCCUUAAUCUAUCAUUAAAUAGCAAGAGCCAACAACUUAAGCUAGUACUUAAAGCAUUGCAUAAAAGCCAGAAAAAAAGAAGAAAUCAGUCGGAUUCAAUAUGGAAUAGAACACUGUCAAAGAAUUUGAGAAGAACUCAAAGAUUUAAGAGACGAUCAAUGAUCAAGAUAAUGAUCGAAGCAAAUAGUAGCAAAAUAUAGAUGAUUAAAUUGAAAGAGACUUAGCUAAAAAGAAAACUGCUCCUGUGAAGCAUAUUAUAGAUGUUAAAAAAAUUGAAAGUUUGAAUAGAUCAGAGGCAGUUGAAAAAGCCCUUAAAGAUAACUUAGAGAUUCCUACAACUGCUUCGCAGUUUGAGAGAGACUAUAAAUCUCUCUAGAAAAAUAAUAAUCUGGAAGCUAAGUUGGGAUAUCUUUCUCGCAUUGAUCAUCAAAACUUAAAGAAAAUAUUCAGAAGUAACUUGGAAACUGAUAUUUUGAUUGACAUUGUUAAGACAUUUAACUCUCAGCAAGAUUAUGUUAGGUAAAAAUUUGAAAUUUAUAUAAUCUUUUACUUUAGUAACUCAAGUGAGAAUGUAUUCAAUUUUAUGAAUGGACUAAGUUAAAGUGAUGCUUUUGAAAUGGCUGUUGAGUUCCUCAUGGAUGGAGAAAAGAAAAGUAAUUAUAAAUAUUAUCAUAUCAUAUUAGUUAUCAAUGAGUUAUUCACAUCAUUAGAAAAGAAUGUAGAGGCAAGUAAAGUAGCUAAUCUCAAGAAAAAAUUCAAAUCAUGA